UCCUCUUCGGGAGCCGCAGCCUGCCAGCAGCGGGGAGCUGGGCCCGAGCGUGGUGGGCGCCGCAAGCCGCCAUGGCCGAGUUCCCGUCGAAAGUGAGCACACGGACCAGCAGUCCCGCGCAGGGCGUGGGCGCCUCGGUGUCCGCGCUGCGCCCGGACCUGGGCUUUGUGCGCUCCGGCCUCGGGGCGCUAGCGAUGCUGCAGCUGGUGCUGGGACUACUAGUGUGGGCCCUGAUUGCUGACACUCCGUACCACCUAUACCCUGCCUACGGCUGGGUGAUGUUCGUCGCCGUCUUCCUCUGGCUGGUGACAAUCGUCGUCUUCAUCAUCUACUUGUUUCAGCUACACAUGAAGUUGUACAUGGUUCCCUGGCCGCUGGUGUUAAUGAUCUUCAACAUCGCUGCCACCGUUCUCUACAUCACUGCCUUUAUCGCCUGCGCUGCGGCAGUUGAUUUGACAUCCCUGAAGGGCUCCCGGCCUUAUAAUCAGCGAGCAGCUGCCUCUUUUUUUGCUUGUCUGGUGAUGAUUGCCUACGGAGUGAGCGCUUUCUUCAGCUUCCAGGCCUGGCGAGGAGUGGGCAGCAAUGCGGCCACAAGUCAGAUGGCUGGGGGCUAUGCUUAAGCCAGCUGUGCGGCAGCCAAAGCUGUGGCUGCGUCAUAGCACAGGGCCACCUGCAAGCUCACUGGACUCAAGCUCUCUAGCACUCCUGAGGGACAGGCCCAGGCUGGCAUGCCUAGAGCUGCCAAGCACCAGAGGACAGCUUCCCCAUCCCCCUUAUUCAGCAGAAGGUGACGGGGGAUGUGGGCUUUUGCUGGCUCUGUCUUGUCAUCAAAGGACUUCAGUGUCCCAGGCUGGGCCACCCUUCUCACCAGCACUAAAUGCACUAACAGACUCCAGACCUGCAGCCUCUGACCCACCACAGUAUAAAUCUAACAAGCAACAGGGAUUAUUUUUGUUCCAGGAGAGUUGAACAAGUCCACAGGCUGUUUGGAUCCCGCCCUCCCCUUCCCUAAGCCGAUGCAUCACCUGUAGGGAGACAUUUAUAGAGUUAAAAUAUAGAGUUAGGAGCUCAGACACUGGGCAAUCUCAGUUGAUUUUAAGCAGCUUCCCAUUGGUGGCAGCCUCUCCAGGUCGCCUCCCUCACCCAGGCCCUGUGGUACUCUCCCUUUGGGAAAAGCCAGCAUUAGUGCAGGCUGCUCCCCCAGGCCUCUGAUUAGACACUAGGGACUUUGUGGAGGGAGAGAGGGAGGGAGGGAAGCAGGCCCUGCCUGGGGAGUUGUCAUGGGAUUGGUAGUGACUUUGUUUUGGGAUUUUUUUUUUCUCUUUUUUUACGAUUUAAAUAAAGUGGAAGAACUUAUUUGGAAAAGUAUUAUCCUCGUGGUCUUAGAUGUUUAUAAAUUCUAUUUCUAGACACUUUUUGGUUAUUUCAGAAAAACUGGGGGGCUGGAGAUGGCUCAGUAGUUAACAGCACUGGCUGCUCUUGCAAAGGACAUGG